GCACAUGCGCAAUUCAUUUUGAAAAUGGCGGCCGUACAAGGCGGACAGAGCGACGCGGUCGAAGAAAAAGACAUAAAAUCAGAACCAGCAACAGAUGGCUUUGGAAAUAAUAAUGCGAACGACGGCAGACUACCCUCGGCGUCCCCCGGCUCCAGCGCUCCGGCUGGAAGCAACAAAACCCCGGCCGAAGCUCCGGAGGACCGGCAGACGCUGCUGGCGGUCUUGCAGUUCCUCAGAAGGAACAAACUGAGCGAGUCCGUCGAAAUAUUACGUCGUGAAGCGGGUUUACCGGAAGAGUCACUGGACCAGAAAGGAACGGAUCCGUCCGGAGCAGGCACGGGAGGUGCUGCGGGCGGUGUGGACGUAGAAGGCGGGGAUGCUGGCUCUCUUCUCAGCCGGGUAACCGUCUCUGCCCCGGUCGCAGUUCAGGCGCCAACUAAAGCUACAGCUGGAGAAGAUCAGCCGGACGUCAACGUCGUGCUGUCGGCCUACAGCCAGCAAGGAGAUCCGGCUCUGUACGAGGUUUACUACAGCGGCCUUAAGAGGUUCAUAGAGUCAGUUUUGGAUUGUCACAGAGCAGAACUGUCCCAGGUCUUCUACCCGCUGUUCGUCCACAUGUAUCUGGAACUGGUGUACAACAAUCAUGAAAGUGAAGCCAAGGCCUUCUUUGAAAAAUUCAGCGGGGACCAGGAGUGCUACUAUGAAGACGACUUGCGUGUUCUAUCCAGCCUGACGAAGAAGGAACACAUGAGAGGCAACGAGACCCUGCUGGACUUCCGCACCAGCAAGUUUGUCCUGCGAAUCUCCCGAGACUCCUACCAGCUCCUGAAGAGACACCUGCAGGAGCGCCAGAACAACCAGAUCUGGAAUAUUAUCCAAGAGCACCUCUACAUCGACAUCUUUGAUGGCAUGCCACGCAGCAAGAGCCAGAUCGAUGCCAUGUCUGGCAGCUUGGCAGGAGAGGCCAAGCGAGAGGCCAAUAAGGCAAAGGUUUACUAUGGUUUACUGAAAGAACCAGAAAUCGAGCUGCCUCUUGACGACGAGGACGAGGAGGCUGAGAAUGAGGAGGGUAAACCCAAGAAGAAGAAGCCCAAAAAGGACAGCAUGGGUUCCAAGAGCAAGAAGCAGGACCCCAAUGCUCCUUCACAGACUAGGAUCCCCCUGCCAGAAUUAAAGGACUCAGACAAGCUAGACAAGAUCAUGUACAUGAAGGAAGCCACCAAGAGGAUCCGUCUGGGACCAGAUAACCUCCCCUCCAUCUGCUUUUAUUCUUUUCUCAACGCGUACCAGGGCCUGACUGCAGUGGACUUCACUGACGACUCCAGCCUGGUGGCCGGGGGCUUUGCUGACUCCACAGUACGAGUGUGGAGUGUCACGCCAAAAAAGCUGCGCAAGGUCAAGUCUGCAGCAGACUUGAAUCUGAUUGACAAAGAGUCAGACGAUGUGCUGGAGAGGAUCAUGGACGAGAAGACAGCCAGCGAGUCCAAGAUACUCUACGGACACAGCGGGCCCGUGUAUGGCAUCAGCUUCAGCCCGGACAGAAACUACUUGCUGUCAAGUUCUGAGGAUGGUACAGUCAGGUUAUGGAGUCUCCAAACAUUUACUUGUUUGGUGGGCUACAAAGGCCACAACUACCCGGUGUGGGACACACAGUUCUCUCCCUACGGAUACUAUUUUGUCUCUGGGGGCCAUGACAGAGUAGCUCGUUUGUGGGCGACUGAUCACUACCAGCCUCUGAGGAUGUUUUCUGGUCACCUAGCUGACAUCACUUGCACUCGUUUUCACCCCAACGCAAAUUACGUGGCCACAGGGUCGUCCGACCGCACCAUCCGCCUCUGGGACGUCCUAAAUGGAAACUGUGUCCGCAUCUUCACUGGUCAUAAGGGUCCUAUCCAUGCACUGGCUUUCUCUCCCAAUGGAAAGUUCCUGGCCUCGGGAGCCACUGAUGGCCGAGUUCUUCUGUGGGACAUCGGCCAUGGCCUGAUGAUUGGGGAGCUCAAGGGCCACACAGAUACCAUCUAUUCCCUAAAGUUCAGCAGGGACGGCGAGAUCCUUGCCUCUGGCUCAAUGGACAACACGGUUCGACUGUGGGACGCAAUUAAAGCAUUUGAUGAUUUAGAGACGGACGACUUCACGGCAGCUACAGGACACAUCCAUCUACAAGAUAACUCCCAGGAGCUUCUGCUCGGCACCUACAUGACUAAAUCUACACCCGUUAUACACUUACAUUUUACUCGGAGGAACCUGCUUCUUGCCGCCGGAGCCUAUAAUCCUUGAAAGAAAAUAUCCACAUAAGCUUGAAAUGAUGCAAACCUUUAAUCCCUAAACUCCACAAGUGACUCGGGAAGUCUGUGGUACAGUGGGAAUAAAACAAAACUGUAUUUUUAUCAGUUAAUAUCUGGCUGUGAAUAAAAUUAUGUUAGCCAACUGUCCUGUCUGUCAGACGGACCAGGGCCUAGCAGACGGAGGAGGAUUUCUAUAAAUCACUGCCAUGUGUUAAACUUCACUCAGAAUGUGGCUGACUUUUCUGUAUAUUAGUCUUUUAUACUGGUACACACUGUAAAUAAAACAAAGUGUUUUCUA